UAACGUUGAGAUUCUGAGUUUAAAGACGCCAUCGGACCGAAUUGUUCCGCGCGUAUGCGCACACGGACGGAAACGGACCGAAACAAAUAUGGUGUGCAGCCACCUGAAGGUUUUUUUCUGUUUAAGUAUUAUCCAUACAUCGCAGUGGAGGCGUAGCAACUUUCAAAUAUUCGUUAGCAGUCUGGCAUGAUUAAUCAGUUUAUGCAAACUUAACUUUUUGUUAUAUAUUAUUUUUAUGCUCUUCGUGUAGGUUGUGGAAUAACAGGUAAUGACGCGACAAAAAGGUAAAGUUCCUCUGGCGUGCGUUGAACUAUUCUAUUUAACCGCACCCUACCAUACUGACGCGGACACGGGUGUUCGCCUACAUGUACUGCUGUUAGUGUAAUGUAAAGAAUGUACGGCACUGUACGUUAUAUGUCAUUAAGUAGGUAUAGCAUAAGUUAUUAAGUUACAGCAAAAAAAUGUAGAGACAGAAACAAUAAAGUUUGUAUUCUAAUACAAAUUUGUUUAGUUAGUUUUAAAUGAUACUUAACUGAGCAAGAAACAAUUCGUUAAAACCGUACCAUAUAAAGCAGGCAUUAUGUACAGUGAAAUCAAGUACCUUUAAAAAUUUAUGUUGUUAUGCGCACUUUAGAUGUUUGUAGCAAAAUUGCUGACAAGCAAACCGUGGAGUAAAAAUUAUUUAGCAACGUAAAGGAAUCCAUAAUGUAGUUCAACCUGAUGAAAUGGUUUCGUUGACCAAAUGCAGCUUAGCUGUGUAUCUAACAUUGUUGGUGGUGGUGGUAUACCAACUAUAUUAUCAACAUCUUGAAGUUCAUCGCGACGUCGCGAAUAUUGCUAGCAAUAUACAUUUGCCCGCUAGGCAUGUUGGAUCCACAAAAGCUGCACCAACACAAGUUGUACCAGCCAAUGAAGACACAACCCUCCCAGCACACGUCACAAAUACAUUUUCUGAAACUGAAGCUACAUUUUCAAGCACAAACUUCCCUCUGAAAGAGAUUACCACGGCCGGUAAACGUGAAACUAUAAACUAUGAAACUUGUAAUCGUUUACUGCGCGGAGAAACCGAUGGGGAUUACCUUGUUCGCAAUGCGGAUACGACUUCAGAUGAACAGAUUUAUCUAGCAGCGUCGGAAAAUUGUACCGAAUUUCGCAGGAAAUAUCGUUUUAUGUUGCCGGAAUACCAGGUUCAUGAAGAAGAGAAGAACUUCACACUUGCUUAUUCAAUACUUGCGCAUGACAGAAUUCAGCAAUUGGCAUUGCUACUUAGUGCAAUAUACACUCCAUACAACGUUUACUGUUUACACAUUGACGCGAAAUCUGCGCCAGCGACCAAGUUAGCUGCCACUGCAAUCAGUGAAUGCUUUGACAACGUGUUCAUGGCAACGCGCAUGGAAAGAGUGAUUUAUGCUCAUGUUUCCCGGCUGGAAGCAGAUUUAAAUUGCUUCAAAGAUUUACUUGACUUUCAACCGCAACAAUAUCGAUGGAAGUAUUUAAUUAAUUUAUGUGGGCAGGAUUAACCGUUGCGCACCAAUAUGGAGAUAAUUGAACAGAUGAAACAUCUGAAGAACACCAACCUUAUUCUUGGCUGUAAAGCUCACGAUAAGUUAACAUUACGAAGGACACAAGUUGUGUAUCGAUUGGAAAAUGCAACCGACCCUAGCCAGCCUGCCAAAAUGCGUGAAACCGAUAUUGAGCAUCCGCCACCCCCAUACAACAUGACCAUCAACAAAAGUUUGGCGUACAACUUUUUCACGAGAGAUUUUAUAGACUGGGUAAUCUACAAGACGAAUAAAUCAAAAGCGUUGCUUGAAUGGUCACGUGACACCUACAGUCCUGACGAGCAAUACUGGAUGACUUUGAAUAACGAACCUGACGCACCAGGUGGAAAACCAGGUUUCCAGUGUUGGACGUUGGUCCGUUAUAUUAAAUGGAUGUAUAAAGUAGACCAAAAAGAAUGUUUGGGUUAUAGCAAUCAUGGUAUAUGCGUGUUUAAUACAUCGGCGCUUUUUUCUUUCACCAAACGAAACGAGCUUUUUGUUAACAAACUCGACAUUAGAUAUGACGUAGAUGUUGUGCAUUGUCUGCGCUCCUGGUUGGACGAGAGAAGGAGAGGGGGAAAUAAAGAAGGCAAUCCAAGAAGAGAACCUCUUCUACCUCCAUGGUUGUCAUGACGUAGAGCUGGAAAACAAUUUUCGCGUCCUGGAAAGAUCGUAACUUUAAAGGGAAUUUUUGUCUGUAUAACGUUUCAUGUUUUUUUAAUACAAAAUAUAGUAGUGUAAGAUGACUCGCGGAGAAAUACGGCACGCUCUUUAAACGAACAAGUCUGGCAUCUGGCGAACUGAUGGCUCGAACUCUUAAACUGCAAAAAGUUUAUAGUUUUAAUAUGAUUUAGCCAGCAUUCAAAAUCAGCACCUUACCGCUACACCUUUUUCGACAACUGAAAAUCGUUAUGUUCAUUCAUCGCCAAUUUUAAUAGAAGCAAUCUCUCGCUUUUCCGCGUCCGCUUAUAGCUGUGAAAAUACUGUUAAAUAAAGCUGUUGCAUGUUUUCCGUUAUAAUCAUACUGGAAACCACAAAAAUAGAUUUUAAAAUGUGA